UCGCUCCCGCUCGGCGCUCUCUGCUCUGAUUGUUUUUUUACCGCCUCCACUACUUUCUUGUUUGUAGUCUUUAGAAAUUGUGCUGUGGAAAAAAUUUUUAAAUUGAAUUGAGUCAUUCGUGGCCUUCCGUAAUUAGCUGAGCAGGUGUAAGCUGAAAAUCUCCACCCAAACGUUUCCAUCCUCCUAAGUAUCUCUUUACUCAUUAGUCAGCAGCUGCGUCUUACUAGUUACAGAACUUACAUCAAAUUCUUGGAUUCCUUUCUACCAUGUCUGUACAAGAGAUCCAAUAUUCUGACCGUUACGAUGAUGAUACAUAUGAGUACAGACAUGUCAUAUUACCAGUAGCUCUUGCGAAAGAUGUUCCAAAAUCUCAUUUGAUGACUGAAACUGAAUGGCGUAAUUUAGGAGUACAGCAAAGUCCUGGAUGGGUGCAUUUCAUGUGCCACACACCUGAGCCUCAUGUUUUGCUGUUUCGACGUCUGAAGCCAAAUGCACAGAUCAAUAAAAGAAAUAUUGCCACAAAUGUGCAAUCAUGUGUUCGUGUUGGUGGGAACUGAAGAAUAAUAGAAAAUUGCAAUCAAAUUUUGUAAAUAGUAUGUACAUAAGCGUUAGACUGAUGAAGAAGUCAGAUAUACUGCUAGUCAGAUUUCUGAAUUUCAGUUUCUUUUAGCCAUUCCCAAAGUACUGUGAUUUAAUACAUAUUAAUAUUUGAUUUACUGCCUCAACAAAAAGACAUACUCCACAACCACCAAUUGAAAUCAGCAGUACCUGUAAGUCCUUUGUUAUUCCCAACAGAAAUUCUAUGUUUCUUUUAUAGAAAAAGUAGAUAUUAAAAUUGUCUAAUGAACUGCAUCAACCUAUGCAGCCAUUGUACACAGCCAAUCGUGAUCAGAAUGUCGAUUACCGACUGAACAGCUCAUGCUUUAGUCCUGAAGUCUUAAAAGUCCACUCUUUUGAAUAGUAAAUGACUUCAUGCCACCAUCUCGAGCAUCAGAAGAAUAAUAUUUUUGAUGAAGUACAAUAAUGUCAAACAGUAAUAUCAUAAGAGAUUGUAAUAAAAUGACCACAGUCUGUGAAAUAUGUUUGCCUCACUUCUCUCUGAUUUCUAUUGUUCUGAAUCAAAAUGGAUCUUUGACUAAUCGCUCCUGGCUUUUUACAAAUGAGCAUGAAAUUUGAUCCUUUCUACAGGUACUCAUACCUUGUUUGUGACUGUGUGGUUGAGAUAAAGAAUUUACUAACAGUGUUUAAACAAGAAAAGUAGGACAUUCAAAGGUUAUUUUUAGUGCCUACAUAGUUUUGGCUCACAAUCCACUAAAAUAAUGGGAGUUUAAAAUGGAAAGCAGGUAGGUAUCUCAAGAAGGUCAAAAAGAACACAUAGCGGAGAGAAUUUUCGGUUACAGAACAUCUAUCCAUGUAUAAAUGAAAAAAAAAUUAGUGUAGUAAAUCUGGGUUUAAAUGACAAAGAUCUUCCACCAAGAUACCUCUAGUAAGUGUUCUUUUGAAUGAAAAUUUUACGAAAAAUCACACCGAGGACAUAUUUACACUCUGAAAACGAUCAUUUUU